AUGCAUCAUAAGUUAUUAGGACUGAACAAUUUCUGAUUACCACGGCUCUUCUCAGUUCAAGACCCAAAACCCUAAAAUAUCCCUUCCCUUAAACCCCACCUACCACCACCGUCUCCGCCGCCAUGCAGACCUCCUUAAUCUCCCCACCACCAGGCACCACCACCACGACCGUCACAAGCACCACCAACACCGUCAAAACCCUUUUUCCCUCACAUAUCCCACUCCAUUCUAGACGCCACACCUUCUCCCUCCGCGCCGCCUCCCCUUCAACAGAAACAGUGCCGCCGCCACCGCAGACCGUCACCGUUUCUGACCCAUCUCACAAGCUCAACAAGUACAGCUCUCGCAUCACCGAACCCAAGUCCCAGGGCGGUUCUCAGGCCAUCUUGUACGGCGUUGGCCUCUCUGACGAAGACAUGAGCAAGCCCCAGAUAGGCAUUUCGUCAGUUUGGUAUGAGGGGAACACUUGUAACAUGCAUUUGUUAGGGCUAGCUGAGGCUGUGAAGGAAGGGGUUAGAGAGGCUGGCAUGGUUGGGUUCAGGUUCAACACAAUUGGGGUCAGUGAUGCCAUAUCAAUGGGGACUAGAGGAAUGUGCUUUAGUCUUCAAUCAAGGGACUUGAUUGCUGAUAGUAUUGAGACUGUCAUGUCUGCUCAGUGGUAUGAUGGAAAUAUUUCUAUCCCUGGCUGUGACAAAAAUAUGCCGGGUACUAUCAUGGCAAUGGGACGGCUGAACCGGCCAAGUAUCAUGAUUUAUGGUGGAACUAUCAAGCCUGGUCAUUUUCAAGGCCAUACAUUCGACAUAAUAUCUGCCUUUCAGGUUUAUGGAGAGUAUGUAGGCGGUUCUAUUACUGAUGAACAGAGGAUGAAUGUAGUUCGUAAUUCCUGUCCUGGAGCAGGGGCUUGUGGUGGAAUGUAUACAGCAAAUACCAUGGCUUCUGCUAUUGAGGCAAUGGGAAUGUCACUUCCUUACAGCUCUUCGACACCUGCUGAAGACCCUUUGAAGUUGGAUGAGUGCCGCUUAGCUGGAAAAUAUCUUCUAGAGUUGAUAAAGUUGGACUUGAAACCACGAGAUAUCAUUACUCCAAAAUCACUACGUAAUGCAAUGGUUAUUGUCAUGGCACUGGGCGGAUCCACCAAUGCUGUCUUACAUUUAAUUGCUAUUGCAAGGUCUGUUGGUUUGGAUUUAACACUUGAUGAUUUUCAAAAGGUUAGCGAUGAGGUUCCAUUCCUUGCAGAUCUUAAGCCUAGUGGCAAGUAUGUCAUGGAGGAUGUACACAAGAUUGGAGGAACACCUGCAAUCAUUCGCUAUCUCUUGGAGCUUGGAUUCUUAGAUGGGGAUUGCAUGACUGUCACGGGGAAGACACUAGCUGAUAAUGCAAAGCUAUUCCCUUCUUUGGCUGAAGGUCAGCAAAUAAUAAGACCGUUGACAAAUCCCAUCAAGCAAACUGGGCACAUCCAAAUAUUAUAUGGCAAUCUUGCACCAGAAGGUUCCGUAGCAAAAAUUACAGGAAAAGAAGGGCUAUACUUCUCUGGUCCUGCUCUUGUCUUUGAAGGAGAGGAAUCUAUGAUAGCAGCUAUCACGGAAGAUCCUACGACUUUUAAGGGAAAGGUAGUUGUUAUUAGAGGAGAGGGACCUAAGGGGGGUCCGGGCAUGGCUGAAAUGCUGACACCAACAAGUGCAAUAAUGGGAGCAGGUCUUGGGAAGAAUGUUGCAUUGUUGACUGAUGGAAGAUUCUCAGGAGGUUCACACGGAUAUGUUGUUGGCCACGUAUGCCCUGAAGCACAGGAAGGUGGUCCAAUUGGUCUAGUCAAAAAUGGAGACAUCAUCACAAUAGAUAUUCGUGAGAGAAGAAUGGACGUUCAUUUAACAGAUCAGGAGAUGGCCGAGCGAAGGAUGAAGUGGAGUCCCCCUGCAUACAAGGCUGACCGAGGAGUUUUGUACAAGUACAUCAAGAACGUGCAGUCAGCUUCAAAGGGAUGUGUGACUGAUGAAUAGUAGAGUUCGAAUUUGUUAGGAAGGUAUAGAGUGAAUCUACAAGCCCGACUUAUUACAAGCCACAAUUCGGGCGCCUUGUUGCGGCUCUUUAGGGUAACUUUAUGGUUGUUCCUUCCCCUGCAAUAAGUUAUGUUCAUUGCGUUGAAGUUGAUUAGAUUGUACAUUUUCUGUACAAGUUUUCAUUGAAAGAGUUCCAUGGAUUUUUGGCUUUAUAAUAAAUCAAAUCUGAAAAAGAAUAUAUAUAUAUAUUGAUUAAUUAAA